AUGUCGAGCACCGAUGGCGGAGAUGACGACUCGGUGCACGAAAAAAUUGUCCUACGUCCCAAUCUGAUCAAUACCAACGUCAGUCUAAACCAGCUCUCGACACUCUCCUUCUCCAAUCAUACCCUGUCUCCAUACACUCGCUCUGGAUCUCUUGCGCACUUCGCCGUCCGCAGUGGGCCGCCCCGACCACUCCAGCGCGAAGAGCGAGAAGGAGACAGUCGACCGCGCAAGGCGCGCCGGAAGCGGACGUUCAGAUUGGGCGGAAAGAAGGCUGAACCGGAGGCGCCACCAGGGGAAGAGCGACAUUCACGCCCAGAAGAGCCAGCAUCACCGUUGCCGCCCAUGUCGGAUUCUGAGUUCGAGUUCGACGAGGAGGAUAUGGAUCGGUACUUCCGGCGGGCCACGGCGGCGCCCUUGGGGAAAGGUGGGCCAGGGAGCGGCCCGCCGUCGUUGCUGAGAAGUAGGGCAUCUUCUUUUGCCAGCGGGUCGCCGCUAAAAGGACCUGAUAUGCACCCAACGCAUAUACGGAGACGUGGGGAGGGCGCGAGGCAGGCAUCUGGUCUUGGGAUAUCCAUGAACUUUUGA